AUGCGCGUGUCCCCUCCUGACCAAGUAAAGUAUCUGCGCUCUCUCCCGUCCGUGCGCGACAGCUGCCGCCGCGUUUUUCGACUCGCAAAGGCGGACAAACUGCCCCAUUUCUCGGUGGUCGAGUCGAAGAUUCCAGCUUUAGCUGAUUACGUCAUCACUGUAAUCCGUCAAUCGUACCCGAGCCCGAACGAGGUCCGCGUCCCCUUCCAUUCGCGCUGGCGUCACUUUGAGACUGGCGACCCGCAACGUGUUGAAAAGAUGACGUCAUCAUGGCACUGCGACCAGCUGGAAACAGCUCGACGAUUGGUCGAUUUGGCGAUUGUAAGCGUCUUAUUGGACGCCGGUGCAGGUCCCUCGUGGCGGUACCAAGAGCCCGGGACGGACAACGUUUACCGGCGCAGUGAGGGGCUGGGCGUCGCCAGCUUGCACAUGUUUCAGGCCGGUAGUUUCUCAGCUGAUCCAAUCAACGAGCCUCAUCGAGUAGACGCGCGAGCGCUGGCUCACCUGCCGGAUGACGCAAUCACCACAGCUUUUCAAGUGACCGAGGCAAAUCCGUUGCUGGGCUGCAUGGGGCGCACGGAUCUACUGAAGCGUCUGGGAACGAGCAUUGCCAACUACCCAGAGUUUUUAAGGGAACAGACGGGUCCGUUCGGCCUGGCAAUAUGGUGGAAUAUCUGA